CCACUGUGUAUAAAGCCUCCCAGCCUGAUUAACCACAGGCUGGGGGAAUUUGGCCCCAGGCUGCCCCCUCUGAGAAAUGUGGAAUAUCCCUUUCACCAGCUGAGGGAUCUGAAACAUCAGCUGCUUGGUCCCAGCUAACAAUUUACCCUCAGUUGCUGCUCUUGAAGAACCAGGAAGCAUAAAGGUACCAAGUGUAUAGGAUGGACAAAGACUUCGCUCCUUCCCCUCACAGGAGCCGCAGAUGUAUUCCAACCCUGGGAGCUGGCACCCCCCCCAGCCGUAUCCCAGGUUUAUCGGCACGGCACAUGGGAGGCGGAGCACUGGCCCCACCCAGCCCCAGGCUGAGAAAGGAAACCCACCCUGAUUCCUUCAGCCAGGACUCUGCAAGGCAGAUUCCACCUGCAAAGGGGAGUGUGAGCACCAGGCCUAACUCUAGGCUUGCAGGCCUGAGGGAGCUGAGCAGCACUGGGCUGCCCAUCCCGUGCCCUCUUUCUCCUGCAUCCAGAUCCCUUCCGUGGGCUGCGGCCAAUGGUUUGGCACCAAGGAAGCUGAGCGCCAUCUCACUGACCCUCCGCCGGAGUGGCUCUGCACCGCCACCUCACCGACAACUGCUCCCGUUAGGUUCUUCAAGGAGAGAGCAGCUCCAGGCGCCGCUGGUAAAGGAAGGACCAGGAGGAGGGGAGCUGACCUUGUCAAAUCUGCCGCCGUCGCCUGGAGUACAAGCCUGGCUCCCAAGAGUGCCUCUGGGCUGCAUGGAGGAGCAAACAAAUACCUGGCAUGAUGGACAAAUCAGUGCUGCAUAUCCAGGAUCAGAAAUGCCCACCACAUUGCCUCCCUCAGGUCCAGAUUUCCAGAGAUGCUUGGCCCAUGCUACCUUAUUUCCUCCUCUGCCACAUCCCCAAGGGAGGGGGAAACAUCCCAUGGACACAUCCAUGACAGCAGCUGGUCAAGAGUGCCAGGUGGCUACCAAGAGAUUCAGUGACCCACUUGGUACGGGAAUUCUGCAAGGGCGACUUGGAUGUGGGAACAUGCCAUGUCCCGUUCCAGAGAUGUGUGCUGAAGGGAUGGUUCUGGGGGGCCGACUCUCUGCUGCAGAUACCAUCUUGUCUCCUGUGAUGGACACAGUUGGGCCAACAUCAGGUUCAGCAGACAACAAGACCGGGGCAGCUAUGUCUGAGCUGGUGCCGGAGCCUCGGCAAAAGCCAGCAGUGCCAAUGAAACCUGUUGGCAUCAACUCCAACCUGCUGGGCUAUAUUGGAAUUGACACCAUCAUUGAGCAGAUGCGCAAGAAGACCAUGAAGACGGGCUUUGACUUCAACGUCAUGGUUGUGGGUCAAAGCGGGCUGGGUAAAUCAACACUGGUGAAUACCCUCUUCAAAUCGCAAGUUAGCCGCAAGUCUUCUGGCUGGAAUCGUGAGGAGAAGAUCCCUAAGACAGUGGAGAUCAAGGCCAUUGGGCAUGUCAUUGAAGAAGGUGGUGUCAAGAUGAAACUGACAGUAAUUGACACCCCUGGAUUUGGUGACCAGAUCAACAAUGAGAACUGCUGGGAGCCCAUUGAGAAAUACAUCAACGAGCAAUAUGAGAAAUUCCUAAAAGAGGAAGUGAAUAUCGCAAGGAAGAAGCGAAUUCCAGACACGCGAGUCCACUGCUGCCUCUACUUCAUCUCCCCCACGGGUCACUCCUUGCGACCUUUGGACCUAGAGUUCAUGAAACAUCUCAGCAAAGUAGUAAAUAUCAUCCCUGUUAUUGCCAAGGCAGACACCAUGACCCUGGAAGAGAAGACCGAGUUCAAACAAAGGGUGCGCAAAGAAUUGGAGGUGAAUGGGAUCGAGUUUUACCCCCAGAAAGAGUUUGAUGAGGACCUGGAAGAUAAAACAGAGAAUGACAAAAUCAGGCAGGAGAGCAUGCCGUUUGCAGUGGUGGGCAGUGAUAAGGAAUACCAAGUAAAUGGCAAAAGAAUCCUGGGCAGGAAAACUCCUUGGGGCGUCAUUGAAGUGGAAAACCUCAGUCACUGCGAAUUUGCGCUACUUCGAGACUUUGUCAUCAGGACCCAUCUCCAAGACCUAAAAGAAGUGACACACAACAUCCACUAUGAGACGUACAGGGCCAAGCGGCUGAAUGACAACGGGGGACUUCCCCCAGUGACCGCUGAGACAGAGGAAAACCAUGAAAGUAAUCUGUGAAUUACUCCUCCCACUGUCUGGAUAUUGCAACCCGCCCCAGUCACCCUCGACUUUACUGUAGGCCUGUCUUCAAAGCAUGUGGCACAUCCUCUGUGUGUGUGUACGGGAGAAGGGGCAGGGGCAUUUCCUUUCUCCUUCCUAGAAUGUUGUCAUUCUUGUUUUUUGCCCAGCAGGCUGUCUGUUGUCUUCCCUUCUCGUGUUCUGUGGUUUUGUUGCACGUUCUCGUUGUGGGAAGUAGCAGAGGGAAUGCUGGGAGAUUUGAUUGCUAGGGCUUGGGGGCAGAAGUGAAAGUAAGCAGGUGCAGCUCCUACAAGAGCUGGCUGAGCUGUGGCAAAAACAGCAGGGAACUAUUCAAAAAGCUGGCAGGAACCUGGGUUGCAAUAGGACAGUACCUGUAAGAAAUUGUAAGUUACUUUCACCGCUGUUUAAGGGCUUGCAGGGGGAAUGACUUGGUUCUGUGUUUGUCAUUUGAAAAGCAUAGAAAGACUCCAAGGACAGACAGACAAAGUUCAAUGAGCACAGUGUCUUCAGAACGGUGGUGGCGUCAGAGAACCUCUUCAUGUGAAUGGAGUUUCCUGGUGUGGAGGGGAAGGUAGGAGGUUGACUUAGGGGAAUGAUAGGUGGCUAUGUCAUAUACCUAUUUCUCCCAGGGGCCAGGUAAAAAAGAGAGUGGGGGAGAAUUAGUGGAAAAUUGUGGCUGGGAUGAGAGCAUAUUUUCUAGUCUGUGUACUAAUCGGGAGCAUCGGUGGAGGUAGAGGGUGAGUGCAGAUUAGAACUUGGACCUUAGUGUUUCAUUGUGUCAGAUCUGGAAGCUGUUGUUUUACCUUCCCACCACAGGUGUCUGAGAGGGGAGAGAUGAUGAUAAAAAAACAAGAACACUCAUUGAGGGAUGAAUCCUAAGGUUUUUACUCAGGGCCAAAUGGGAGCAUGUAGCCACUGGUCUGGGAUUGGCGGGGGGGGGGGGGUCUCCCUGUCCCAGCAGGCAGCGGGUCGGGGUAGGCUGCCCCAUCUUCUAGAGUACUUCAGGGUACUUCUAGGGUACUUCUAGGGACCCCAAUGUGCUCAGUCCACUUUGCAAGCCAGUGCAAAGGGUGAGGAGAAUGGUCCAGAUCACAGCUCUCUCUUCCCUUCCCACUGUGGGGCAACAUACACAGCACAGAGGCAGGCCCUGCACCCCCUGCACUUGUGAAUGCCUCUUGCAUAUGAUCCACAAGUAGAGUAGGCUCCUUGCAGAGUCAGGCGUGCAAAGGCCAGAGGGGGAGACAUAUAUGCAAAGGGACAGUGAAUGAGAAGGGAAACGGGACAUCGGUAGCAGAGAGGAAAUCAUCUUUCCCAAGACUGGAAUGAGUUUCCAUACAAGAACAGCUCUCCAUUCAGUUGGGAAACAUCAUGGG